AUGGAGAUUUGCCCUCCCGACCCAGUUAAAGAAAGGCGUCCGGUGUCGAUUAUAGAAGCAAAGAAUAAAAUUCGACUGGAUCACGAUGAAUGCUGCAAUUGUUGUUGCUGCUGCAUACCACAACCCACUGCUUUCGAAUAUGUUCAACCGGAAGUACCGAAAUCCUUUCGACCAAUUCGAUAUUAUUGGAAACCGGAUGUUCCAAUGGAAGAUAACACAACUUAUCGAUAUUCGUAUUGGGACGGGCCUCGUCCACUUGUUGAACCGAUAAAACCAAAAGAUCUGUUAACUGUUGGUGAUGGCUGUAUAACCGACGAGACAACCCAUAAACUGAGUUACUUGGGUAAUUGGUGCGUUAAAACGGAACCAUCCAUUACACCCUGCGAUAAGCAAUGGCUUGGUAGAGGUCCUAUGCAAGAUGAAACUACUCAAAAACAUGAUUAUACGUGGAAAUCGAUAAUACCACCAGAAAGUAUUAAGGGAAGAAACAGUUUGUAUCUUCCUUGCGCUUCCCUUUCUGAUGACACGACUUAUCGAUUAAGCUAUUUCCCUUCUGCUUGUUAUCUUCCUACAAAAUCUUAUGCACCUAAAAGAGAUUAUUGCAAACCGGAAGUACCAAUGGAUGGUUGCACGACAUAUAGGUUGAGCUAUUGGUCAAAUGAACCACCAACAAAGGAAGAUCAACCUUGGCGAAAGAAGAGAGAAUACCAUCAGCCAGUUAAUACUAUGGAAAAUUGUACGACGUAUAAACUGAGCUAUUGGCCACAUUGUGAAAAACCUCGACCACCUUUUAUCAUACAGGAUACAGAAAAUAUACUCAAUGCAGAUUGUUGCUUCAACGAUAACACGACUUAUCAAUUGAGUUACUUUAAUUGUGGAGGUGAGAAAAGUGAUCCAAUAAAAUUACCGGAAAACAUUUGUGUGUCGUCUUGUCCACUUUCUCACGAUACCAUUCAUAGAUUGAGCUUCCUAGGAAAUUGGUGUGUUACACCCGAAAAAUCUAUAACACCAUGUGAUAGACAAUUAUUAGGGAGAGGACCUAUGCAAGAUGAGACAACACAAAAACAUGAUUACACUUGGCGACAGUGUAUACCUCCGUCAGAAAUACGACCAGAAGAUAAUCUUAUGUGUGCUCCAAUUCCAUUGGAAUGUUGUACUACUCAUAAAUUGUCAUACAUACCAAACAAUCAUACGGCAUUGUUACGAAACAAUUCGUACGCUCCACACAGUCUAUAUCAACGGUCAAAUUUACCAAUGGAAUCGGAGACUACCAUGCGUUUGAGUUAUCAACCAGUUGAACCUGUGGUUCCAGUAUCUAAACCUUGGAGCAAAAUGCCAUUAUAUCAUUCAGCGAUUACUCCUAUAGAUGACAAUACAACGUAUAAUCUGAGGUACCUGUUAAUUAUUAUUCUAUAG